UUUUACCAUCAAGUUGUAAAAAUUCGAAUAUACUUUGAAAAUAUAUAUUUAAAAUCCUUAAACGAAGCAAGCAUCGACCAAAGAAGAAAUAUCUUAUCAUGGAAGGUGUUAUUGAUAAUAUUAUGUUGGUGUUAUUGGUGUUAAUCAUUCAAAUCAGCUUUAUUUCGGCGGAGGAACGAGUUGAACGAUAUAAAAUUGAAGGCAAAGUUACCAUUCAAGGAUAUAAAAACUCGGACUGGGUAUCAGAAACAAAAGUCCUAGUAGACGGUGGUCUAUAUAUUGGUUUCUUACGGCAUGACGGUGGCUUUACUAUAAGAGAUGUACCAGCUGGUUCAUACAUAGUGGAAGCUGUGUCACCUAAUUAUAUGUUUGAACCAGUAAGAGUGGAUAUAAGUGGGCGAGCCAAGGGUAAAAGCAGAGCUCGUAAAGUGAACUUUUUACAGAACUCUGCUGUAGAACAAGUAGCUUAUCCCUUGAAGUUCAAGGCCAAGGCUCCGGCACCUUUCUUUGAGAAAAGAGAAAAAUGGAAUAUUAAAGAUAUGUUAUUCAACCCUAUGAUAAUUAUGAUGGUGCUGCCACUAGUGUUGCUGCUUAUUUUGCCCCGGCUUAUUUCUUCUGCGGAUCCAGAAACACAGAAAGAAAUGCAGUCUUCAAUGAACAUGUUUAACCAGUCCAAGGACUUACCUGACAUAUCAGACUGGUUUGCUAAAAACUUAUCUGGUUUCACCAAGAAGAAACCAACCUCUAAGACCCCUGCUAAGAAGGCCCUACCUGGUAGAAGGCGGUAGGGGAAAAUAUUCUGCCAAUGCUACAGUGUAAAUCAAGACAGUGUGUUCUUCAGUGUUCUUCCRGAAAUUUAUAUCACAAUAGAAGAAAUCCAUAUAAUUUUGAUUUUAGAACGACUCGCAAUAACAAGAAAAUAGGCCAAUGUAAUACUGUCAUGAUAUUUUGCAAACCAAUUUUGUUUAGGACAAAUCAAUUUAAUACAGGAAAAUGGUAUUCCCUGAACCCUUAGCCUACCUACUGCCUYCUUCAGGCCCCAUUUAUCUUCAGUUUGGUGGACAAAGCCACAACGCUGCCCUCUUAUAUGACAGUUGAAGACCGUUCUUUUCUAAGAGUAUUUUAUUUCUUUGCACUUAAUGCCAUUUUGAGGUAAAUUGGGAAUUGAGUGGGGGGGGGGGUCAAUAUCUUGAUGCCUUUAUCACUAUACAGUACCACUGUUAUUUAGAGAAUCAAUCAGAAUACAUACAUUCACCAAAGUAAUUGUAAAGACUGGCAAUACUUUUGCUUGUAUGUUCUCAGUUUUAUUCACUUGUGAARAACUGAAAACUGUUAGCAAACAAUUAUGAUGAUAUAUAAUAUUAGUGUACAGUUUUUAGCAUCCAUUUCUUUUGUCGUUAUAAAACUUAUACUUUCUCCUGGAGAAGCUUUAAUGCCGUUAUAAAAUUCUGGUUUAUUCAAUAAAAGAAAUCUCCCACA